GGCAGCGCCCACCCCGGGGACCCCUCGCCUAGCUUUCCCCGCCUCCCCGAGAUCCUGGCUUCCCUUCUUCAUCCCCGGGGACCCCAGAGCCCAGAUUGCACAGCCCAGCCCCAGAGAGUCAGGUGUGCCCCUCCCGGCUCUCAGAGUCCCCAGCCAAACCCUAGGAUCCCGGGCAGACCGCCGCCUGGCGCCUCCUCCAGGGCCCAGGAGCCUGGAGCUCAGCUCAGCCCUGGGAACCCCUCCGGGUCUAGGUCCUCCUCCGCGGCCCAGUCCGGAGAGUCCCGGACACCCGCCGCGGCCGUGUCACACUCCCCGGGGCGAGGGCCGCCCGUCCCCGGUCGCGUCCGCAUGGUGCCCCUUUCGCGCACCCCGUCUGCCCGUCUCAAGCCCUUCGGUUCCAGCCGCCGGCCGCGUCCCCCGGUCCAGGCCGGCCCGCGGCCACCCUGGACACAGGCCCGCUCUGGAGCUGUCCAUGGUCAGCGCGCUCGGCAGCCUCGCCUCCCCCACCUCCCGCUGCCACCGCCAGAAAGGGGGCGCCGGCGGCGCGGCGCGCGGGGAUCCCCCCUGCCGCGCCUUUGACCCGGGGAUACCCGGGGCCCUCCCCGACCCGGACUGACGCCCGGGCCUCAGGGUUCCGCCGGCCAGGCUUUCGGCCCGGCCCUCAGCACCCUAGAUUUCCGGGGACCCCAGCACCUUCCUCAGGAGUCAAGGCUUCUGAAGAUUCCUGCCCCAUGCACCUUAGGGGAAUCGGCAUCCGGGGGCCCGGGUUCCCAGCCUUUGUCCCUUUAGACACCCAGCUCCACAGCCCCUGCGCUCCUCAGGCAAAUAUACCCAGCCUCCUCGAACCCCAGCAUCUGCCCCCUUAGGGAUUCAGGCGCCAUGACUCCCUCCCUUCCAGGGACUCAGAAUGCAAUUGUUAAUGCCAUAUUUUGGCAUCUGCCUCCCCACCCCCUACCUCCGCCCCUGGAGACUAGACGCCUUGUUCCCAGCCCUGCACCCCAUCAGGGACCCAGGCGUUCAGAUCCUAGCUUCUGUAUUGGUCACCAGCCUGUACUGAGGCCAUCUGCCUCAGCGCCCCCCCAGUCUUUUACCUCCACAAGGAUUCAGGAGUCCAGGUCCCCGAAUCUACUCUCCUCCUGCCCAGGUUUCUAGCUCCUCAUCUCUUACUCUUAGGGACCCAGGUCCCCCUGGUCUCACCAUCCCCCUAUAAACAUGACACCUCCCAGCGGCCUUGGCAAACUCCUGCCUCAUCCCCAUUUCAUGUCAGUUGCUGGGCUGCCCGGGACUCUAUUCUCUCCCCUGAGACCCAGCUUCUUGAGAUAUUUCUGGCACCCCAUUGCCUUCUGCGGCCCAUAUGGUGAUGGCCCAUUCUCUGAAUACACUCUCUAUUAGCCAAACAUACAUGCCUUCCUCCAAAUGUGUUCUGUGGCCUCGGCUCCUUAGAUGAUCGAACCUACUCACAGCCUUCCACAUUUCCGGUUAAACAUUGCCCUUGUAGCACUCCACCUUCUAGAUUCUUUCUAGAUCCUGGAACAUUCCCAGUCAACAUCUCUGUUCCGUCUUUGCCCAAGGCUUGUUCUCAGUUCUAGGCUUGAUGCUAAUUUCUAGGCAUAUCUUUCCCCAGAUGAAUUCGAAUAUCGAAAGAACCCCCCCGCAAGCCACAUUCUGAUCCCACUGUCUCUUGGGACAGGACCCAGUCCUUGGUUGUUCUCUGCUAAAAUUUCAUCUUAGGUGUGUUCUACAUUCCAGCCAUGUCCUUGGCAUUGUUCUACAUUCCAUUCUCUUCCCAGGGACAUUCUAAGUUCUAGAAUGAGCGUCUUCCGAUUAUGUGCUCUAGCCUUUGAAUUGUGCCACCAACUCUAGAAUGUAUUUUCUGCUUCAGGUUCCAGCCAGUUCUACAGUCUACAAUCUAGAAGACUCCCACUGAAGCGUUCUACCUUAGAUCUUCCUCCUCAGGUUCUAGGUUCUAGGCCCAUCCAUUCCAUUCCCACCUUCUCCGCCCACCUUUUCCUUCGUGUGAUGUUGGCUCAGAACUUGUCCCCUGGUGGACUGUGGGCUUCCUGCUCUUCCUGCCACAUCAGCGUUCUAAUCAUGCUCUGGGCUCUCCCCUCUUCUGGAGUCUUCAGCUUAGAAGUGUCCUCAUUUCCAGAGCACCCUAUCUCUCCUUUGCCAGCUCAGGCCCCAUGCCAGUAAAUUCUCAAUUCCAAGCAUGCAUCGUCUACAUCUUCCCCCAGGCACGACUAAGUUCCAGACAAACUCCUCGCUACUUUCUAGGUUUUUCUUCCCCUCCAGGGCAUGUCCUGAAUUCUAGAGCAUCUCUUUUUCAUUCUGAGUUCUAGCAUUAUCUUCUAGACACAUGAGAAAACCAAGAUGGCAAACCGUGUUAUACCCUCAUCUCUGGUAGAUUUUGCAUUCUAGAUUAUGUCUCCUGACGAGGUCUGUUGUGCAUGGCAUUAGGUAUAUCCUUAGAUAACAUUCUGAGGUCGCCCAGUUGCUUUUUAAGUUAUUGAUUGCUCUUGGCUGGUUCAACGUUUCAGAACAGGCUUCUAGAAUAUGCCCGAAGUGCAGCUCUUACCCAACUCACAUUAUACACAUGGAAGGAUACGUUCUUUCUGCACUCUGUGCUGUAUCUACAGGCUGGUGGUUUUCUAGAUCUGUGCCCAGCCUUGCUGUGUUUCGUUUCCUUCUCAGUGAAUUUGAAGUUCUAGAACAGCUUCCUUAAAGCAUCUUGUGUUGCAUCCCCUGACCAGGCUCUGGGUUUUAGAUACCAUGUUGGUUUGGGGCCUAAGGCUGGCCUGCCUUCUGAUGAAAACAUAUUCCGGAAUCUGGCCUCUGAGUUCUGGGAUUCAGGUGUCUAGAUUCCCAGAUGUACCUGUUCAAAGAUCCAAGGGACCCAGCUGCCUGCUCUCCUAGCCACCACCCCCCUUCUCUCCUCACAGAAGUCCAAGGCCCCAGUCCCAGGCUUUAGACACAGUCCGAAAAUGGGGUGGCGCUGGGAAUUAUCUCCUCUUAGAACCGGUUAUGCCACUGCCAGAUGGGAGAGAAGGAAAGGGGGGAAGCGAAUGAAAGUCCCUCCUGCUUUCGGCUGGGCCAGCUGGACCUGUCCGACCUGAUGCGUUCGAGGGAGUGGCUCCGGGGAACUCCAUUCAUCCCCGCCCACAGCUUGUGCGCCCCAGCUCCUGGGUCCUGGGGGCCUGGCCUGUCGGGUUCUGGGGGAGCAGCGGUCUGAAGGCUGGGAUUUCUGAGUCUGAGGUUGGAGGUUUAAAGCCCAGAGCAGAGGGUGUAGUCUCUGACUCCCGGGAUUGAGAAGGAGGGAGGCUGGAGGCUCAGACUCCUGAGUUUUGGGGCAGGAACUCCCAGACCUGAUGAAGGAGGGAGCUGGAUCUUGGUCACCCGGGUUGUGGGAGAUGGCUAGUCUACCCCGCCCUCCUCCAUGCUCCCCCUUCUCCAAGUGGAGUGGGUCUUUAGAUUCUUCUGGAGUUGAGGUCCGGAUGAGAAGCUGAAGAAGAGGGGAAUCAAGCUGGAUAGCAGCUAAUCAGGCCAGCACCGCCGCCAUGAUGUGCGAGGUGAUGCCCACCAUCAGCGAGGAUGGCCGGCGGGGCUCGGCGCUGGGCCCGGACGAGGCGGGCGGCGAGCUGGAGCGCCUCAUGGUCACGAUGCUCACGGAGCGCGAGCGCCUGCUGGAGACGCUGCGCGAGGCGCAGGACGGGCUGGCGACGGCGCAGCUGCGGCUGCGCGAGCUGGGCCACGAGAAGGACUCCCUGCAGCGCCAGCUCAGCAUCGCGCUGCCCCAGGAGUUUGCGGCGCUGACGAAGGAGCUGAACUUGUGUCGAGAGCAGCUGCUGGAGCGGGAAGAAGAGAUUGCGGAGCUGAAGGCCGAACGGAACAACACGCGGCUACUGCUGGAGCACCUGGAGUGCCUGGUGUCCAGACACGAGCGGUCACUGCGCAUGACCGUGGUGAAGCGCCAGGCCCAGUCCCCGGGCGGGGUCUCUUCGGAGGUGGAGGUGCUCAAGGCUCUAAAAUCCCUCUUCGAGCACCACAAGGCCCUGGAUGAGAAGGUCCGGGAGCGGCUGCGGAUGGCGCUGGAGCGGGUGGCUGUACUAGAAGAGGAGCUGGAGAUGAGCAACCAGGAGACUCUGAACCUUCGAGAGCAGCUGUCUAGGCGCCGAUCGGGGCUGGAGGAGCCGGGCAAGGAUGGGGACGGGCAGGCCCUUGCCAAUGGCCUGGGUCCUGGAGGCGAAUCCAACCGGCGCACGGCUGAGCUGGAGGAGGCCCUGGAGCGGCAGCGCGCGGAGGUGUGCCAGCUGCGGGAGCGCCUGGCGGUGUUGUGCCGCCAGAUGAGCCAGCUGGAGGAGGAGCUGGGCACCGCCCACCGCGAGCUGGGUAAGGCCGAGGAAGCUAACGUCAAGCUCCAGCGCGACCUCAAGGAGGCGUUGGCCCAGCGGGAGGACAUGGAGGAGCGGAUCACGACGCUGGAGAAGCGCUACCUGAGUGCCCAGCGCGAGGCCACGUCCCUGCACGACGCCAACGACAAGCUGGAGAACGAGCUGGCCAGCAAGGAUUCGCUGUACCGGCAGAGCGAAGAGAAGAGCCGCCAGCUGGCCGAGUGGCUGGACGACGCCAAGCAGAAGCUGCAGCAGACGCUGCAGAAGGCCGAGACCUUGCCCGAGAUAGAAGCGCAGCUGGCCCAGCGCGUGGCGGCCCUCAAUAAAGCUGAGGAACGCCAUGGGAAUUUCGAGGAGCGGCUCAGGCAGCUGGAGGCCCAGCUGGAGGAGAAGAACCAAGAACUGCAGCGGGCCAGGCAGCGCGAGAAGAUGAACGAUGACCACAAUAAGCGGCUGUCCGAGACAGUGGACAAACUGCUGAGCGAGUCCAACGAACGGCUACAGCUGCACCUCAAGGAGCGGAUGGGGGCGCUGGAGGAGAAGAACUCACUGAGUGAGGAGAUUGCCAACAUGAAGAAACUGCAGGACGAGCUGCUGCUCAACAAAGAGCAGCUCCUGGCGGAGAUGGAGCGAAUGCAGAUGGAGAUUGACCAGCUGCGGGGGCGGCCUCCGUCCUCCUACUCCAGGUCUCUCCCUGGCAGUGCCCUGGAGCUCCGUUACUCCCAGGCACCUACGUUACCUUCCGGUGCCCACCUGGACCCCUAUGGGGCUGGCAGUGGCCGAGCAGGCAAGAGGAGCCGCUGGUCAGGGGUCAAGGAUGAGCCCUCCAAGACACAGGAGUGGGAGCGGUCCGCCCCUGCGGGGUCCAUGCCACCCCCGUUUCCUGGGGAACUGGAUGGCUCAGAUGAGGAGGAGGCGGAGGGGAUGUUUGGGGCUGAGCUGCUCUCCCCCAGCGGGCAGGCCGAUGUGCAGACGCUGGCCAUCAUGCUUCAGGAGCAGCUGGAAGCGAUCAACAAGGAGAUCAAGCUAAUCCAAGAGGAGAAGGAGACAACAGAACAAAGGGCAGAAGAACUGGAGAGCCGGGUAUCUGGCUCUGCCCUGGACUCACUGGGCCGCUACCGCAGUAGCUGCUCACUGCCCCCCUCCCUCACCACCUCUACCCUUGCCAGUCCUUCCCCUCCCAGCUCCGGCCACUCAACACCCCGCCUGGCACCCCCUAGUCCUGCCCGUGAGGGCGCCGACAAAGCUAAUCAUGUCCCCAAGGAUGAAGCUGGGGCUCCACGAGGGGAGGGGCCAGCCAUCCCAGGAGACACCCCGCCUCCCACGCCCCGCUCUGCCCGCAUAGAGAGAAUGACCCAGGCCUUGGCACUGCAGGCAGGAUCCCUGGAAGAUGGGGGACCCUCACGGGGAAGUGAGGGCACCCAAGAUUCCCUGCACAAAGCCCCCAAGAAGAAGAGCAUCAAGUCAUCCAUAGGUCGUCUCUUUGGCAAGAAGGAGAAGGGGCGAAUGGGACCGCCAGGACGGGACAGCUCCUCUCUGGCUGGAACACCCUCAGAUGAGACUUUGGCCACCGACCCUCUGGGGCUAGCCAAGCUGACAGGCCCAGGAGACAAGGACCGGAGAAACAAGAGGAAGCAUGAACUUCUGGAAGAGGCCUGCCGCCAGGGCCUGCCCUUUGCCGCCUGGGAUGGCCCCACCGUGGUCUCCUGGCUGGAGCUGUGGGUAGGCAUGCCUGCGUGGUAUGUGGCCGCCUGCCGGGCCAAUGUCAAGAGUGGGGCCAUCAUGGCCAACUUGUCCGACACGGAGAUCCAGCGGGAGAUCGGCAUCAGCAACCCGCUGCACCGGCUCAAGCUGCGCCUCGCCAUCCAGGAGAUGGUCUCCCUCACCUCGCCCUCUGCUCCCGCCUCCUCCCGCACGUCCACAGGAAACGUGUGGAUGACACAUGAGGAGAUGGAGUCCCUCACGGCCACGACGAAGCCUGAGACCAAGGAGAUCAGCUGGGAGCAGAUCCUGGCAUAUGGCGACAUGAACCACGAGUGGGUGGGCAACGACUGGCUGCCCAGCCUGGGGCUGCCCCAGUACCGCAGCUACUUCAUGGAGUCGCUGGUGGACGCCCGCAUGUUGGACCACCUCAACAAAAAGGAGCUCCGCGGCCAGCUGAAGAUGGUGGACAGCUUCCACAGGGUGAGUCUGCACUACGGGAUCAUGUGCCUGAAACGGCUCAACUAUGACCGGAAAGACUUGGAGCGGAGGCGGGAAGAGAGUCAGACCCAGAUCCGAGAUGUGAUGGUGUGGUCCAAUGAGCGGGUCAUGGGUUGGGUGUCCGGACUGGGACUGAAGGAAUUUGCCACGAACCUCACGGAGAGCGGGGUGCACGGGGCGCUGCUGGCCCUGGACGAGACCUUUGAUUACUCCGACCUGGCCUUGCUCCUGCAGAUCCCCACGCAGAAUGCACAGGCCCGGCAGCUCCUGGAAAAGGAAUUCAGUAACCUCAUCUCCUUGGGCACAGACAGGCGGCUGGACGAGGACAGCGCCAAGUCCUUCAGCCGCUCCCCGUCCUGGCGGAAGAUGUUCCGAGAGAAGGACCUCCGAGGCGUCAGCCCCGACUCCGCUGAGAUGUUGCCUCCCAACUUCCGUUCGGCCGCAGCGGGGGCCCUGGGCUCGCCGGGGCUCCCUCUUCGCAAGCUGCAGUCGGAAGGCCAGACUUCUGGGAAUUCCCGGGCAGACGGCGUUUCGGUCCGGACCUAUUCCUGCUAGUGCAGGCCUCCAGGUGAGGACUGUGCUGGGCGAUCCUGGGGGUCUGGGGCAGCACAAUGGAUCUUCACUGCUCCACGUGCUGCCGGCGUCGGAGUAGGCGACCUCACGCGGAUGAAGAAUCUCCCGGAGGCCGGGCUGCCUCCCCUCCUGCCCAGGGUGGUCUCGCCGGGGAGCGCGCGCCGCCGCCUGGACCAUCUGCACAGACUGGAGGGGAGCGCGCGUCCCGCCUCACACAUGGACCGGGCCUGGACCAAACCACAUGAACUGGACCGAGGGGGGAGGAGGAGAGGGCAGGAAGAACUCCCGCCCCCAAACUUCCAUCUCCCUCGGCUCUACUUUGUAAUUUAUUGAUCAGUUUCCGACGGGAGACGGGUGCCCAUUCCCCGCGGGGAGGGGGCGGGGCUGCCCUCCCGGGCCGCAUGCGAGGACAGGCCGCCCCCUCCCCUUUCUCCCCGGUCGCGGGGCCCAAGUCUUCCUUCUCCGUCCGAAAGGAGGGGAGGGGGGACUCGCUGCUACAAGCCUCGCCCCCAGUGCCACUCAGCCCCGCCCGCCGCCUCGGGUCCCCGGUGGCCGGAGGCCAGCUGUGGGCGGGGUCCCUCUCCCCAGUGUCUCUUGUCCCCGGGGCCCUCCGCCCCCCGUGCUGUGGCCGUGUCCGUGCCCCAGGGGUGGGGGGCGCAGAGCGCGCUCCCCGCUCCCCUCCGGCCCCGGGGUUUGCAUGGGAGAAUCCUCUUUCCACGGUGCCACUGGGCGAUGUGCCGUGGGGGGGAGGGCGGACGGGGGGAAGCUCUCGCCCCGGACUCUUGUCGGCCCCCCUGCCUCAGGCGUCACUCAGUGAUCACGGGUAAAGAGAACUGUUUCAAAACGC